UGAUGUGUUGAUAAUUAUAGUAUAAGAUGAGAUGUGGUCCAUGUUGCGAUUUUCGGCAUGUGCCAUUGCUCACAGCUUGUCUACAUGAUUCUUAUCUCAAAUGCUCACUAAUAGCGCUCCGAGUCGUCAACAUUGGAGAAAAUUAUGCAGCUUGGUUCUGCUGCCGUUAUUAUCUUCGAAAACACUUUCUAUCUUUGGGGCCAGCAACGCUAUAGACUUGAGCAGGAGUCAGUUUACCCUAUUCGUAUUGCUCUUCAGCAGUACAUAGCGUCUCCCAAUGCAGCUGCUGUCAGGGAAGCUCUGAGCUCUGCCGUUCACACAUAUGAAGCAGGCUUCUCUCAUUGGAUAGCAGGGUCGGCCAGACGCUCUCAAAGGAAGGCGGAGUUAAUCGACACAAUUUUCGAAGUUGUUUUACAGCACCGCCUGUACCUUGAAGUUCAAGCAAAUUAA